UCAUUUCACUUUGAAGCAGAAGGCUGGCCUAAGAAAUCAUGUUGUCUUACUCAUCCUCCAUCCUCAUAGCACUGGCUGCUGUGUUAGUGCCUUGUCAUGCAUUGAGUAAAUGUCCAGGAAUUUCUGGGCUACCUGGUAUCCCUGGAAGAGAUGGUCUGAAAGGUCUGUCUGAUUCUCUGGCCGCCAAACGCCACAAUGCUUUAGCAAAUUUGAAACAUCGACUUUUCCAACUUGAAGCUGUGCUUGCAUUGAACGGGGAAAUAAGAAAAGUAGGAGAGAAAAUACUUGCCAGCAAUGGGAAGAAAGCUGACUUUGCAUCUGCACUACAAUCCUGUGAAGAGGUUGGAGGAACUCUUGCAGCUCCCAGGAAUGAGGAGGAGAAUAAAGCUAUUAUGGACAUUGUGAAACAGCAUAACCAAUAUGCCUACUUGGGCAUUAGAAAGGGGGAGACUUCAGGUCAGUUUAAGUAUAUAAAUGGCAAGCCUCUGAAUUAUAGCAACUGGCACCAGCAUGAGCCUAACAGCAAAGGGAGAGAGAAAUGUGUGGAGAUGUACACUGAUGGCACCUGGAAUGACAAAAAAUGCAAUAUGUAUCGUCUCACAAUCUGCCAGCUUUAAAGAAUGGCCUUUCAGCCACCUCAGAGGAUAAUGAAGUAUCUGUGUUUCAGGUUGAUUAAAUUUCUGCAAUUUCUCUGUAUCUUAAAAUAUAAAAUUAAUCAUAUUGUGAUAUUUUUUAGCCUUAGUAAAAUGCCAAAUAUGCUAGGUGAUUAACAUGAUUAAAAUGUGCCUGA